UACAGUCACACCAGUUCAUAGGUGUGUGUGUACAAGUGUGUCCGCACGUGUGUGAGUUGGUGUGUUGAUUUUGCACUCUAAAUGUUUUAGAGUUUCACCCAUUCAUUGCUGUGCAAUUUUUGUCUGCAUUGUGGAGGAUUUGUAGAUUGUACACACAAAUAUUUUCUGUAUUUUUGAUUUUUCUCCCCAUUUCCAAUUAAUUUCCUAUCGUCUGUCAUUUUUGACCGAAGACCAUGAGUGUGACUAUUUUUUAUAACCAUUUAGCUUUUAGAAUCAUGGCCUCAAUGAAUUUUUUUUUUUGUUUGUUUGUUUUUUUUUUUUUGUAAAAUUCUCCGGUCAAAAGUGACCGAAGACUGCACAUUAACUAGCUUUACAGAGUUGGUCAUGAUGUGUUCACAGCUCAACCAUGUUUGAAAUGUUGGUAAAGCCUGAUGACGUGAUAAAUUUGAAGAAGUGGUAUAAAGUCUUGAACAUUAGAGAAGAAAUCAUUUGCCAGGAUAACUGUGAAUCGAAUCAUCACACCGUGAGUCAUGAUUACUUAUGUAGAGAUAUUUAUAUGAUUUUUAAACAUUUGGUUUGCAUUAUUUCAGCUUUGGUUAUCAUAUAUUCAUUUCUAAAAGUUUCUUAUCUGACACAACACUUUAAAUAUAAUUCAUGAUUUUACAUUGACAAUAUGUGAUAUUAGCAGGAUAAACCAGACACUUUCACGCAAUCACAGCAAUGGAGGAUUAUUUGAAAAGUCAGAUGAGAGUGAGUUCUCUGGUCUUCUACUACCUGACCUUGAUCCUCGGCGUUCCUGGAAAUGCAUUUGUCGUGUAUGUUGCUGGAUUGAAGAUGAAGAGGACUGUUAAUACAGUAGGGUUUCUCAAUCUAGCGAUUGCUGACCUCUUGUGCUGCCUUUCCACUCUUUACUACAUUACGAAGAGCGCUUUUGAUAAUCCCUGGCCUUACGGAUCCAUAAUGUGCAAGAUUGUCCCCUUCAUUAUGCUCAUCACCAGGUUUGCCAGCAUUUUCACCUUGAACUUGAUUAGUCUGGAUCGGUUUGUUCAGGUGAUCACGCCGGUUUGGGCUCAGAAUCAUCGCAGCUUGUUCAUCGCACGACUGUCCUGUGCAACGACUUGGAUUCUGGGUUCAGUUCUCAGUCUGCCUUUUAUGAUGUUAAGAGAGACUCACACAAAUAAUAAUAAAACAUACUGCCGGCUUUAUCAACAUGAUGACGACAGUUUUGAAUUGUAUGGAAGGUUAAGCAUCAUCAGAUUUGUGUUUGGCUUUUUGGUUCCUCUCAUAUGCAUCACAACAUGCUACGGAUUCAUCGCACGCAAGUUAGGCAGGAGUCAUUUUCACUCUGGACGAGCGUUUCGCAUCAUAUUGGCUGUAAUCAUGGCCUUUUUUUUGUGCUGGUUGCCGUAUCACAUAGUGCGUUUGAUAAUCAUGUACGGAAAGAGAUCAAGUCGCUUGGUGGCUUUGGCAGUUAAUCAGUUGGCCAUCUCUUUUGGGUAUUUCAACAGCUGUCUGAACCCCAUUCUGUAUGUUUUCAUGGGGCAGGAUUUUAAGAGCAAUGUUAAACUUUCUCUAAGACGUGUUUUUGAAAGAGUUUUCUCUGAGGAGGGAACACAAGCAUCACGAUCCACACAGCCACAACACACACACUCAGUGUAGUGAAGAUAUCAAAUCAUUUAUACAAUAUAUACUGUAUAUGAGUUUUCUGAUUGAUUUUUAUUACUAUUUUAAUAAUGUUCUAAUUAUUCCUUUUUGAAAUUCAUCAACUCGAAGUCAGCAAGUCAUCUAACUCUUAUUCAUCAUUCCUGUGUUUUUUUUCUCCGUCUCUAUUGUUGAUGUAUUUUCAGUGAUUUGUGAUUUGUGAACUAUCGUCAAAGCUUAACAUCACAAUGAUGGAAUAUUGAUGCUUGAUUAACUUUUUUGGUUGCUAUCAGCUUAGAAAAAUCUUGUAAUAUUUCACUAAUAAUG